AUGUGGCGUUCAUUUAUAUUAAAUGAUGAUACAACAUAUCCAUAUGGUUUUGGUUGGGAAUUGGCUGAGACAAUUCAUGGAAUGCGUGUUGUGAAACAUAGUGAAACAUGGCAAGGAUUUCAAUCGAUAAUCAUUCGAGUUUUGGAUGUGAAAGUCACCAUCGUUAUUUUUGCCAAUCUCGAUGCUGUAGAUGUAGAGGAAAUGGCUUCACAUGUGCUUGAAAUUUAUAAUCCACAGCUUGCUCUUAUAUCGGAGGAUGAUGAAUAA